UCGUGGAGAGCAGAAAACAGCUUCUGAACCGGGUCAACGAUGAACCACAGCCAAUCAUCUUCCAUUUGAUUUUCAGCCUCUUUUCUCUCUCCCCUUUUCCCAUCAUUAACAAAAAUUACCUGAAAUCAAUAAUCACUGUUGCAUUAAUCAAUCGCAAUGGAGAGAACCCCUCUCGACAAGCACAACAGCUUCCGCCAGAACGAUCAGACCUCGACGAGUUCGUCUGCUAAUGAUGGACAUUCACGACAUUGCAGCGACCAUGAAACCAAUGAUUCUUCGGGUCGGUUCCAGAUCGCGCACGAGGUUGAUCAGUUCCUGGACGUGCUGUCCGCCAUCGAAGACAAGUCAUCGGGCUUGGCGGAGGUGCCCGACAUCGUCCCUGCCUUCGCCAAGAUCAUUGAAUCGGAGAUCGUGAUGUACAAUUCCGGCGAAGCUAACAGAAAAUUCGGGAAGGUGGCUGAGGAGGACUCGUUUUUCAUGGAGUCUGUCAGGCGUAUUUCCAAAUUGACAAAUGCGUUGAGUGAGUUCUCGUCCAAUACGAACGUCUCGUUGUUGAAUCACACGAGCGCGGCGCUGCAACGCGCAAUGGCGUUCCUGGAGGAUGAAUUCCGGGUGUUGUUGGAUGGGAAUGAUCAUUGUGAUGGUGAGGUGUCGUCACAGAAUUUGAAGAAAUUCUUGUCCUUCAAUUCCAAGCACGAUCAGCCCGACCGGUGUGCGGUCCAGCGGGAUUCCGAUUCCGGGGAUUCGGAUGAGUAUCCGCCGUAUCCGGCGGAUGCUGUCGCGACAAUGCAUGAGAUCGCGAGGACGAUGAUUUUGGCGGGGUACGAGACGGAGUGCUAUCAGGUGUACUUCUUCUCCCGACGAAAUGCAGUCAGGAAUAAGAUGAUCAAGAUGGAGUUUGACGUGAUUCUGAACAUGGAUGAGGUGGUGAAAAUGUCGUGGGAACAGCUCGAGAUAGAGAUUUCGCGGUGGAUCAACGUGGUCAAAACUUGCACGGAGAUCAUUUUUCCAGGAGAGAAAAGGCUCGCGGAGUCGGUUUUUGCAGAAUCCCCGCCCACCCGCAACAAUUUGUUGAGCAACAUCGUGCGGAUAGUGGUGAUUCAGCUCCUCGAUUUUGCAGAGGCGACGGCGAUGGCGAAGCGCUCGGCGGAGAAGCUCUUCAAAUACUUGGAUAUGUACGAGGCGCUGCAGAACCUGAUUCCUGCCAUCGACGGCGAAUCCUGCCCCGCCGAUGUUAUGUCAGAGGUGGCCGCGGCCGUCGACCGGAUCGGGGAAUCAGUGGUGAGCAUCUUCUGCGAUCUAGAGAACUCGAUCAAGAGCGACUCAGCAAGAACUCCCGUCCCGGGGGGCGCAGUGCACCCCCUCACGCGUUACGUGAUGAACUAUCUAAAAUACGCGUGUGAGUACAAAGACACACUCGAGAAAGUGUUCGGGAGGCAAACGGCGUUAGCUAAGAAAUACAUUCCCCCCGUCUCCAGCAGGCUGUCCGCCCAGGACCUGGAGAAAGAGAGUGAGAGCCCACACAACUUCGAGACGGUGGUCAGCAACACGCCGUUCUCGAUCCAAGUGGUGACGGUAAUGGACCUCCUCGACGUGAAUCUUGAUAAAAAAUCCAAGCUCUACAAAGACCCAUCACUGCGUUGCUUAUUCCUGAUGAACAACGGCAGAUACAUCUUGCAGAAGGCAAAGGGGUCACCUGAAAUCCGGCAGGUGAUGGGCGACACCUGGUGCCGGCGGAGGUCGACGGUAGUGAGGCUGUACCACAAGAAUUACCAGAGGGAGACGUGGAACAGAGUGUUGCACUGUUUGAGUCACGACGGGCUGCUGACCAGCGGGAAAGUGAACAAGCCGCUGCUGAAGGAGAGGUUCAAGAUUUUCAACACGACGUUCGACGAAAUCCACAGAACGCAGAGCACAUGGGUGGUAAGCGACGAGCAGCUUCAGUCGGAGCUCAGGAUAUCGAUAUCUGCGGUGGUGAUUCCGGCGUACCGGGCGUUCGUGGGGCGGUUCCGGCAAUACUUGGAUCCUGGGAAGCAGGUGGACAAGUACGUUAAGUACCAGCCCGAGGAUAUUGAGGGAUUGAUUGAAGGGCUGUUUGAGGGCAAUACUAGCUCUAUGUCAAGGAGAAAAACGUAGUUUUAUUCUCUUUUUUUGUCAAGUGCACAUGAUUAAAUUUAUAGAUUUAGU